CGGUAGUCGUGUGUGAGUGUGUUUUUCUCUGAGCGUCUGUUUUCCGUGGUUGCCUGGAAAAUUGUGAAUUUUCUCAGUGAAAAAUGUCUUAUCAGAACUCCCCGUACUACUCGGGGAAUACCAAUGAGGAUUUCGAUUGUGACUACGAUCCAUCAUUUGAUUUUAUGGACCGUGAAAAUGACAGCGAAGAAGACACAGAAGAAGCCAGUGAGACGGAUCUUGCCCUCCAUCAGCGUAGUCAGGAUGAACCUGUGGAAAUUAAGGAGCAAAUGUACCAGGAUAAGUUGGCGAAUCUGAAGAAGCAGCUGGAAGAGCUGAAAAAUGGUUCACAUCCGGAACUCGUGAGACGCGUCAAGAAGCUCGAGUAUCAGUGCAAGGAACGUCUGAGGCUCAAUGAGAUCUACCGUGAUUACCUUGUGGAGUGCGUGGAGAGGGACUACAUUCUCGAGAAGAAGGCCGCUGUGAAGGAGUUUGAGGAGAAGAAGUCCGAUUUGAAGGAUAAUCUCCUCACGGACUUUGAGGAUAGGCGGAAGAUGAUUGAAUCUGAGCACAAUAGCAUGGAACUCACGAGUGAUUCCAUGGAUGUAAAGCCCACCGUGACACGGAAGCUUCGACGACGCCCCAAUGAGCCCAUUCCGGUGGUGGAGAAGCGCCGGAAGCCGACAAAUGGGCAACUUGUACUCCUCCUGGAUGAGAAGGAUGUGGAGAAUGAUUUGAAGCUCAUCAGCCGUGGGAAGGCAAUGACCCCAAUGCGACCACCAUCAUUGCCCAACAAUGGUAUUCCCACAAGUCCAGCCUCUUCCUCAUCAUCGUCCAUCCCGUCAAUUCAUCCGCCAUCGUCUCCGCCCAUUGUUGAGGCAAAAAUUGAAGAUGGGAAACUUCUCUACGAACGCCGGUGGUUCCACCGAGGUCAACCAGUAUUUGUCGAAGGGAAGGACUUUCACAGAUUCCCAGCCACAAUCUCCGCCAUUGGCAAUGAUACUAUUUGCGUGAAAAAACUCACAGAUGCUGGGAGUAAAUUCAAGAUAAAUACCGCCCAUUUGAGCCAGGGGAAAGUAUCCAUCAAGAGGAGAGCAAAUUGAUGUGUAAUCCCGGAGUUUUCUCCCCAGAAAUUGUACAAUUUUUCUUCUUAAAUGUUUUCCAUCAUCUUAUAAUUUUUUUUAUUUGAUUGAAUGUUCGCAGAUUAUUAAAUAAAGCCUAAUUAUUUUUUCUUUUCCAUAA